GACGAUUUACCGUACCCCAUCAGAGUCACUCCCUCCGGUGAUCUGGAAACAGUUGGUCGGUACAAUUUCGAUGAUCAGCUCGAAACCACCAUGAUUGCUCACCCCAAGCUCGACCCAAUUUCUGGCGAGCUCUUCGCUCUAAGCUACAAUGUCAUUCAAAAGCCGUACCUCAAGUACUUCCGAUUCUCACCCUUGAAGCUCCGGAUUGCUUUUGUUUCCAUCUUUGGAAUGCUUAGGAAGAGCCCGAGACCGACGAAGUGGUGGUGAUCGGGUCCUGUAUGACUCCACCGGACUCGAUUUUCAACAAAUGUGACGAGGGGUUACAGUCUGUUUUAUCAGAAAUCAGGCUCAAUUUGAAGACUGGCAAGUCCACUCGCAGACCCAUCAUGAGCGAGUCUGAUCAAGUCAAUUUAGAAGCUGGGAUGGUGAAUCGGAACAAACUCGGACGCAAAACCCAGUUCGCUUACCUUGCGAUCGCUGAGCCAUGGCCUAAAGUCUCUGGUUUCGCUAAAGUCGACUUGUUUUCUGGUGAAGUGAACAAGUUCAUGUAUGGUGAUGACAAGUAUGGUGGUGAGCCUCUGUUUCUUCCAAGAAACCCCAAUUCAGAAAAUGAAGAUGAUGGGUACAUUCUUGCUUUUGUCCAUGCCUCUCGGGUCAUUCAGGAGCAGCUCCCAUGUCUGAUUUUUCAGACAUGAUUCCCUUUCCGUUGUCUCCCACGUGAUCCCCUUUCCUUUCUUUUCUUUUCUUUAUUCUCCACCCACACAACCCAACCCUCGACUCUCACUCACUUUUCUUUUUUUUCACACCCAUCCACCGCCCACAUUUUCUUUUUUAAUUG